AUGUCGAUACUUGUUUCUGAUGAAAAAUUAUUUGCAAUCAUUUUAUACUCCGUAUUUGUAAACAAUAAAUAUCUACCUUCUGUUAGAGAUGCUUGGAAGAAUUCUUGGAUAACUGGAACUUCUGGAGCAUUGGCAAUAGGGUUAGCUAGUGCAAUAGUUGCACCAUUUAUUAUAUCAGCAAUAAUUUAUGCGUUGGGAUUUGGUACAGGAGGUAUUGCAGCACAUUCAUUUGGCUCUUGGUUUAUGUCAUUGUAUGGAGGUGUGAUCGCACAUGGAAGUCUCGUUUCAAUUUUACAAUCGAUUGGAGCUGCUGGUUUAGGAUCUUUGGGUAUUUUCUUAAGCAGUAGUUUUGGAGCAGCUAUUGGAAUUCUUAUUGGAGCAAUUGAUGGUUCUAAUCUUGCAAGAUAUAUUGAAGAAAGGGAUUUAAUUGGAGUAGAAAAACAAAUGCUUAAAAGUUUGGUUCAAAUCAAACAAAAUACUUAUUAA